ACCCCUCCAUUGCCGCCAUUUGUGUGACUGUUCGACGCUUGCGAAAAGGCGUUUUCUCUCGACUCGCAGUUCGGCGUUUCUCCGCUUUCUCUUCUUCUUUUUCUUGCAUCCUUCUGUCUUUUUUUCCCUCCCCGCUUCUUCCUCUCUUCCGUCAAAUCACACGCGCCUUCUCAAGACAGCUUGUUUCGUGUCUUGCAGAAAGCCUCGUGUGCCUUGUCGCUGCCGCCGAGAAGACUCCGACUGGCUAGCUUGACCUUUUCUUGUUUGCGUUUCCCUUUCGAAUCUGUGGCUUUGCAGAAUUCUCGCUGAGAAACUGGCGAAACUGCCGGGUAAAGCGAGGAAAUCCCUGAGGUGUAUGUUUCAGUUCGCUCGCGACACAGCGGCGGAUGAAUCGUCGGCGGCACAGAGCUUGUCUCACCACCCUCCCGUUUGCGACUUUUUACAGGGACGCCUUUGGUAUUUUUCGUUGCUCCUUCCUUCCACUCUCUCUGACGAACGGCAGAAAAUUCCCUCCAAAAACUAUCGCACUGUGAUCCUUCCACCUCGCCUCCUCUUGGCCGCUCGCGGCUCCUUCCUUCGAGCCUUCCUGCCGUUCCCCCGGCUCCGAGGCGGUCUUCACGACAGUUAGCCGGAAAAGGCAAAAAGAGGCAAGACCGACGCUCUCCACCUUUUUCUGUCGCCAAGGUUGACCGUUGCCCGUCGGAUUUUCCCCCUCAGCUCGCUCGCCUGCCCGGGCGCGGCGCCGAGCCACAAGUUGCCGAGAUGGCCGCUCUCUCGCGAACCUCCGUGGAGCGCGCUGGGUGUGGGGGGGGACUUCUUCUUCCGGGCGUUCCGCGAGGAAGGACUUCUCUCGCUCGUUCACUCCACGUCGCCUCGACGAGUGACAGGAACGGCUACCGACGCAUCGAAAAACGUCCUGGAGACGCCGCUGUCGCCGCCGUCUGCCGAGGCGCGCGCGCUGACACCGCCAGGCGUCCGCCCACGGACUCGCGGUGUCUCAACUCCUUGGGCGACGGCCGUUGUCCGCCGCCUCAACCUCGCGAGACCGACGCGCCUGUCAUGCGUCGACCCAGAGGUUCGAGAGCCUCAAUUGCUUCUCGAGCACCGACCGAGCAGACCGAGCCUCGGACGUUUUUCCUUGUUGAGCCUCGCGAAACGCCCUGCGGUUCACUCGCCGACGCACCAUGCACUCGUCUGCAUUCUCCGCCGACUCCCGCGCGCCGACAGAACGGUGACUGCCGAUCGAACAUCGCAGCUGAACAUGAAUCUUCACAGCGGGACGCCGGCGUCUCUCAGGACCGCCUGGAGGAAGCAGGAGCCUUCCACGACGUCCAGUCUCCUCCAGGUGCUCGGGCAGCCGGCAGGCUGCGUCUCACCACCGCAGACGCCUCUGCGCGCGCGGCGUCGUUUUCUCCUGGAGAAAAGAAGCCGCAGAAAACCUGCUCGUCUCACGCGUCCGCCCCGGCGGCAGACGCCGCUCUCUUGCCGAUUCCUGAAGUCCUCAGAGCUGCGCGCUCGACGUCCUGCGUUUUCGACAGCAAGCGCGCGCUCCCCGCGAGACCUGCCCUAGGCAGGGCGACCGCAGCUCGCGCUGCAGCUCGCGCCGAGGCUGCGGCGAGAAACCGACUUCGAAGGACUCCAGAGAAGGGGGAAAAAACAGAAAACUCGACGGAGAAAGCCUCUCUGAAAAGCGCUGGAGGACCUGUCGGGCGUCCAGCUCCACGACGCGCGACCCUCGUCUCUGCUUCUCCCGGCGCCUCUGCCUUUUCCGGCGCCUCCGCGACUUCUCCGCAGCGUCCCCGGCCGCCUUCGUCAGCGCCUGGCAGACGCAUUCUUCCCUCGUCUCGCUCGAAGGCGGCUGGCGAAGCCGAGCAGGAGAAGAGCCGUUCGGACAGCAACGGCGUCGCACUCGGAAGGGUGGUGACGGAACGCGACAGGGGACCGAGCCGGGUGUCGCGACAUCACGAAGGCGAGAGGCAACGCGGACCGGAAGAGAGGCGAGCGUCGGAGGAGGGCAGAGAUGGAGUGAAGGCAAAGACAAGAGAGAGACUGAGGAGAGAGCGGAGCUCAAGCGCGGCUGCAAAAGGAGACAUCGCAGAGGAACCGGACGGAAAAACCGGCUGGAGGCUGGAAGAGAAUCGACCCGCGACUGAAGCAGACGUCCGCGCUGCAAAGCGACAUGCUCUAGCGCAGGAUCUGCAACUGCUCUCCCGCGACUGCGAGUGCGGCGCAGGUCUCUCGCUCUGGAAGUUUUACGAGAGCGAACUGGAGAAAGACCGGCGACGAAUCGUCGAGCUGGAAACUCUCACGGAGGCUCUGGAGAGGAGACUUGAACAAGCCACGACGGUCUUCAGGUGUACAGACACCCGAGAGGCGGUCGCGGGGCUGCUCAAGGCAGCGACGCAAGAAGAAGUCUGCAGCGUUAUGGACAAGCACUGUGAGAGAAUUGCUGGGGAAGGAGAAGAAGCAUUCCAGGAGAGGACGACGGCAGAGGGAGAAGAGAUGGAGAGCGAGGAAGAGCGCGAGAUGAACGACUUGUUCAGACUGAUGGAUGGAGGCGACAAGACGAAGCCAAGGGGGGCAGAAGACAGAGCAGAAGACGCGUCGAAGUCCUCCGGCCUGCCUGCCGCUAUCGUGGCAGAGACGCUGAGGACAAAACUUGUCGAGGAAGAAGAAAAGACGCAGGCGGACUUCUCUACAGUGGAGCGAAUCGAAGCAGAAACUCAGAAAACUCGCGCUCAGACAAGGAAACUCAAAGAGGAGGAGCAGACACUCUGCCAAGCUGCCAACGACCUGUCAGAGGAGGUGCAGCAACUAGAGGAGGAAGUUCGUCUUUUACGCGAUGCAACAGGAGGACCAUCCCACACGGAUAACGAAUUAGAAAAGCGAAAAGAGGCGCUGAACAAACGGCAAGAAGCGUUGCGCCUUCACCGAGAAGAGACGCGUGCAACUGCAGAGAGCCUCACGGCGAAGCUGCAUGCGGCAGUGGAGGAGCUGCGGAGCUUUCUGGAGAACAAGCGCAGCCAUCGGGACUGCGACGCGCCUGCAUGUCUCUCUGAAGACUUGGUCGACGAGCAGGAAAACCUCGACGCCCAGCUGGAAGCUGCGAAGGCGGAAGAACAGCAACUCGACGAGGCUCUCAAGAGAGAAGACGCGAGGCUCGGUCACCUCCGCAGAGAACUGCGACGCCUGGAAGCGAAACGAGACAGCCGCGAAAUGAACGGAAAAGAAGAAGAAAGCGAAGACGGAGAAGGAGGAGAAGAAGAAAGCGAAGACAGAGUGAAGGCGCUCGCGGCGCGCCAUGAGGAGUUGCUUGCACGAGACGAAGAGUUGAAUCGUCUGCGGACCUGGUGGCUUCGCUACGCAGUUCAGCAGCUGGAGCACCAGCGAGAACAAGCCGACAAAGCUCGCCAGAGACACAAUUUCCAGCUCGCGUCUCUGCGGUCUCAGUUGUUUGCGCUCCUUCGGCGAAAAGGCUUGACGCUCGCAGACGUCGUCGAGUGUCUCUCUUCCCUGUUCCCUCCCGCGUCUCCGCCCUCUGCGUCUUCCUUGCCGCCUCCUUCUCCGCUCGAGGCUUUUUCGCCUCCUUCGAACGCGCCUAUGCGCGAGCUCUCCUCUCCGGAUUCACGGACUUUCUCUGGAGUGACAGAUACGUCUCAGAGACCAGAAAGGCGCGACACCGACAGCCAAGGAGACUCGCAAGCGGAUCGCCAACCUACGCCCAAAAACGACCGCUCCAAGGACUUUUCUCUGCCGGAAAAUUCUUCUUCGUCCUCGACUUCGUCAUCUUUAUCCUCGGCUUCGUCCUCUCCAUCUUCUUGGUUUUCUCCUUCUUCGUUUUCUUCUUCGCUUUCCUCUGUUUUUCUCGCGUUUCCAGAAGACCCAUUGGUGGGCUUGGCGACUUCGAUCCCGCAGGAGAAAGGUGUCUCCUCGAAGGCCCGAUGUGGGGUGAGGCGAGAGAGGCAACUGCAUGCAUCCAAGAGAUGUCUGAGAAUCCCCUACGCCGUCUAUUCUGCGUCGGUUACGCGCGGUCGAGAAGCGCGAACGGAAGGCAGCGCGGGGGACAGGAAGUUCCGAGAGAGCGCCCACUGGGAACAACGCAGAGAGAGCAUGAAGGGAGCGAAAGAUGGCGAGGCGAACGCGACAGAGGAAGAAGGAAUACCACAAGGAAGCGAAGGAGGAGAAGCGGAAGGAAGGUCGGAGCUCACGAAGCAGCUCUAGAUUAGAAGAGCUGGAUGACAUGGAGACAGCGAACGACCUGCUUUGGUUUUUUUUUCUCGAGAACCUUACGAUACGUUCGAAGUCACCGUGCAGGUCGUAGAGGGGGAAGAAAGAAGCGAGGAAAGCCUGUGGAGCGUCUGCAGUCUUUGCCCCCUGCUCCCCCCCCAUGCGUUCGAUUCUUGAGAGCAACACCGUAUGUCGCUUGUCACUUUUACGGGACGAUUCUCAUGUUUUUUUUUUGACAACGCGCCUGUUCCACUGACUUCCAGAAGAGCGUCUGCCGAUCUGCCGAGUGCUUGCCUUUUCUCCCUGAGACAGAACACUGAGGUUUUCUCUCGAGGAAAUUGUCUCUGCUUCGCGCGCCUUUCUCAGGCGAUUUUCGUUGCUGAAUGUUGCAUUGCCGUCUUUUAGUUUCUCCUGCCGUCUUCUCACAUUUCAGUGGCUCGAGCGACGCUGCUGGUGAGACGUUUCUGAUACAAGAGGUUCUGAAGAUUCUCAGAGGCCGUUCUAGAGUCAAGAACUGAUUCUUUAGAAGUUCCAGACGAAACCCAGAGUCACGCGUCGUCUCUCCGACUGACUGCCUUCCAGAUUUGUUCCUUACAUUUCCAUCAAAACCGUAUGUUGACACGCAAAAAAGGAACUGCAGUAAUCGAUAUGACUUCCAGAAGCACCUUGGAAAUUGCCGACGUUGAAAAACAGAGCGUACCUUCUGAAAGUCUCUCUCGCGCUCGACAGACGCUUCGAGGUAAGAGCCGCGGGACCAAUAUUAGUUCCUCAUUUUCACUGAUUCAACGCAUACUUGGACAUGCGCUUUUUCAAGAGAAGACA